AUGCACCGGGUGCUGGGCAGCCUGGCCAUGCCACGCGGUGUGCAGCCUGGCAGCACCGUACAGCGGCCAGCCCAGAUGCACCGGGUGCUGGGCAGCCCGGCCGUGCCACGCGGUGUGCAGCCUGGCAGCACUGUACAGCGGCCAGCCCAGAUGCACCGGGUGCUGGGCAGCCCGGCCGUGCCACGCGGUGUGCAGCCUGGCAGCACUGUACAGUGGCCAGCCCGGAUGCACCGGGUGCUGGACAGCCCGGCCGUGCCACACGGUGUGCAGCCUGGCAGCACUGUACAGCGGCCAGCCCAGAUGCACCGGGUGCUGGGCAGCCCGGCCGUGCCACGCGGUGUGCAGCCUGGCAGCACCGUACAGCGGCCAGCCCGGAUGCACCGGGUGCUGGGCAGCCCGGCCGUGCCACACGGUGUGCAGCCUGGCAGCACCGUGCAGCGGCCAGCCCGGAUGCACCGGGUGCUGGGCAGCCCGGCCGUGCCACACGGUGUGCAGCCUGGCAGCACCGUGCAGCGGCCAGCCCAGAUGCACCGGGUGCUGGGCAGCCCGGCCGUGCCACGCGGUGUGCAGCCUGGCAGCACCGUACAGCGGCCAGCCCGGAUGCACCGGGUGCUGGGCAGCCCGGCCGUGCCACACGGUGUGCAGCCUGGCAGCACCGUGCAGCGGCCAGCCCAGAUGCACCGGGUGCUGGGCAGCCCGGCCGUGCCACACGGUGUGCAGCCUGGCAGCACCGUGCAGCGGCCAGCCCGGAUGCACCGGGUGCUGGGCAGCCCGGCCGUGCCACACGGUGUGCAGCCUGGCAGCACUGUCUGGUCUCCAUAUGGAUUUAUAAAUACAUGCCUGAAGUCAUUGGUGGUUGAUAAGUAUGGAGAAGAAACGUGGGAAAAAUUAAGACUCCAGGCUGGAGUUCAGGAUACUUUUCUGACUUUUGAAGUGUACAAAGAUGAGAUUACCAUGCAACUCAUUGAUAAAGCCUGCAAAAUACUGGGUGUUCCGGCUGAGGUAGUUCUGAGGCAAUUUGGAGAGUAUUUCUUUGAAUUUUGUAAACGUUCAGGCUACGACCACAUGCUGAGAACGCUGGGUGGAAAUCUCUCUGAGUUCAUAGAGAACCUGGAUGCAUUGCACAGCUACCUGUCCCUUUCUUACCAGGAGAUGAACGCACCAUCUUUUAGAGUUGAAAAGAAUGAAGAUGGAUCGAUGCAUUUACAUUACUAUUCAGAUAGAAGAGGUCUGUGCCAUAUUGUGCCAGGAAUCAUCAGUGCAGCAGCCCUGGAUUUUUUUAACAUUGAUAUUUCAAUGGAAAUAGUCAGUCAGACAGAAGAAGAAGAAAGAACUGGGAAAAAAGAACAUAUUGUUUUCCUUGUCACUCAAAACCCUGUAUUUUCAUACAAAGAAAAAAAGAAAUUUUCUUCCUCACCUCAAUAUCUUGCUGGCUCUGAAAAACAAAUUGAAAACCAACUGAAUGAGGAGGACCUUGAAAAAGCCAAUAGAAUUAGAGAGGGAGGAAACUCUGCCUGUCCUGCCAGGCAAAGUCACUGGAAAACAAUCAGAGGAAUUAUUACCUUAGGAAAAGGUAAACUCCUGAGGGGAUUUGAUCCUGUUUAUCCCAAGAGUCUCUGGGUUGACCCAAAAACCUUUUGCAAUGGACUUCCUUUUCAUAUGGUUUUUGACAAAGAGCUCAGAGUGAAGCAAGCUGGGGUGAGCAUUCAGAAGAUUGUUCCUGGACUGCAGACCAUGGGCAUCUGCCUGAAUCACUAUUUCAGUAUCAUUCACCCAGAAGUACCCUUCACCAUCUCUAGCAUUCAGAAAUUUAUCAACAGCCAAUUUGUUUUCCAGACUAGGAGGGAGAUGAUGCCAGAGUCGUGGAAACAACGGCCAAUGCUAGAGCUGAGAGGCCAGAUGAUCUGGAUGGAGCCCCUGCAGUGCAUGCUCUACCUCUGCUCCCCUUUGCUUCGCACUUUGCACGAGCUGGAAGAGCGACAGAUGCACAUUGCAGACAUCGCCCCCCAUGAUGUGACCAGGGAUUUGAUUCUGCUCAAUCAGCAACGACUGGCAGAGAUGGAGCUCUCUAACCAGCUGGAGAGGAAGAAGGAAGAGCUACGGAUGCUCUCAAAGCACCUGGAGGAAGAAAAGGAAAAGACUGAAGCUCUGCUCUAUGCCAUGCUUCCUCAGCACGUGGCCAACCAGCUAAAGGAGGGGAAGCGAGUUGAGGCAGGAGAGUUCAAAGAGUGCACCAUACUGUUCAGCGAUGUUGUGACCUUUACCAACAUUUGUGCCCAAUGUGAACCUAUUCAGAUAGUCCUCAUGUUGAAUUCAAUGUACCUACUAUUUGACAGACUGACUACAGUGCAUGAUGUGUACAAGGUGGAGACGAUUGGAGAUGCCUAUAUGGUAGUCGGAGGGGUCCCUGUGCCCAUAUCCUCUCAUGCAGAGCGGGUUGCUAACUUUGCCUUGGGGAUGAUAAUAGCUGCAAAAGGAGUAAAGAACCCCGUUUCUGGGAAUCCUAUCCAAAUUAGAGUUGGGAUCCAUACAGGUCCCGUCUUGGCUGGAGUUGUUGGAGAAAAGAUGCCUCGUUAUUGCUUAUUUGGAGACACAGUGAAUAUAGCCUCACGGAUGGAGAGCCAUGGUGUCGCCAGUAAAAUUCAUCUAAGCUCCAGUGCCUAUCAAUGCCUAAAAUACAAGAAUUUUGAGAUGACUGAAAGAGGAGAAAUAGAAGUGAAAGGCAAAGGGAAAAUGCACACCUACUUCCUGGUUAGGAAUAAAACUGCGACUGAAAUGGAGAUUAUGGGAAGGCCAGUGAAAGAGUCGGAUUCUGGUCUUGAAUCCAUUCAGUCCUUUGAAGAGGGCGGGAUUGAAACAAUACCCAGUUCUCAUCAGCCAGUUACGCAGGCUCAGCGAGAGAAGGACCAGCCGCCACCCAUUGCUAUGAAGUAUAUUGAUAGUCCCAUAGAUGCAGGAAACAGCCUCAAAGGAAGAAAUCAAGCAGAUUUAACAGGCAAAACUUAUGAUUCCAAAAGCUAUGGGAAUCUCCGUGGCAACCAGCAUUCAGAUGAUGAUCCUUGUCCUCUAAACCAGGAACAAGUCAAACCAGCUGCUGAAGAGCCACGGAUUAGAGAAGUCCGCUCUAAUUUUUGCAAUUUACUCUAA